AUGACAUGCGGCUCCGGGCCGCAGCAGUCCCCGAAAAGCAGUCCGAGGUCGCGCUCCCCUAAAAGCCCCUCCGCAGUCCGCAACGGACGGGCGUUUCGAGCUCCCACGUUCCUUCUCUCCUCGUCCUCCCCCCUUCUUCAUGCGUACCCCUCCUCUCCUCGCACUCUGGACAACAAACCGCUUCUUUCCGGCGCCACCGCCGCCACGAUUGGCAGCAAUGGCGUAUACGGCGGCACUGGCGGCACUGGGAAACCCGCUUUGGGCUUCAAGGUCAGCGAAUUCACCGGCUCGCAUCUUGCGGAGAGUCUUUCCCGUGUUCUCCACGGAUCCGCUGCCAUAGCUGCUUCCUCCCCUGCGCGCAACGACGUUCGUGCCGCUGUCGGCGGAAGCCGCCAUGAUAGACGAGGAUCGCGCAGCGGCGGCGCUUCCGCCAGUGCGGGCAUAGGCGCGCGCGGUGGAGUGCGCCAGGCGGCGCGAAGGGGGAGCAGGAUAUGCGCAACGCAGGUGGAAAAGGCGCAGGGGAAGGGGGCGAGAAGGGGGUUCAAUGCGCGCGUGCUGGUGGACGCGGGUGCUCUCGACGAGACGCGAUUCCGAGCAUUGCGCAACAGGCGGAUCGUAUUCGGGCAUGACGACUGGAAGAGGCACGCGUCGUCGUUCCGUCACAACCGCCACUUCCGCAACCUCCUCCGCUCGACCGUCGUCGGCGCCAUCGUCCCGCCCGCGCUCACCGUCGCCGCCGUCGCCGCCGGCGUUACCGCGUGGAACACGUUGGUCGCGGGGAAUCCGGCGGAUCUUGCGCCGUUGGGGACGGUGGCGGCGACGGUGGCGGCGGGGGCGGCGGCGGCUGGGGCGGGAGGCGCGGAGGGCGCGGCGGCGGCGGGGGCGGGGGAGCUCCUCCCGCUGCUGCACAUGGACCUGCUGCCGUUCAGCCUGACGGUUCCCGCGCUGACGUUCCUGCUCGUGUUCCGCACUAACUCGAGCUAUGGGCGCUUCGACGAGGCGCGCAAGAUGUGGGGGUUGAUGCUCAACCGCACCCGAGACAUCUCCCGCCAGGCCCUCUGCUACAUGGGUCGAGACACGCCCCUCCCUCUCCCUCCUCCCUCCGCCCUCUCUGCUUCCCCCAACGCCGCUGCUGCUGCUGCUGCUGCUGCCGCCGGGAAUGGUGCCCUGGGUGGUGCUAGUGGUGGUGUUAAGGUUAGGAGGUUGGUUACCGGUAAUGGCGGGGCUACAACUGCUGGCAGUAUUGCUGUUAAUGGCAUCGCUGCCACUAAUGGCAGUCUUACCAUAAAUGGCAAUGGGAAUGGCGCUGCUGCUGCUUCCAUUGCUGCUGGCAGUAAUGGUCGGGCGAGUGUGGGAGCACCUGGUCAAUGGAAUGGCAAACCAGUGGGGCUAGUUAAUGGGCAGGUCAACGGACGGGUGAAUGGGCUGGUCACUGGGCAUGUGAACGGGCAUGUGAACGGGCAGGUGAACGGGCAGGUGAACGGGCAGGUGAACGGACGGGUCAACGGACGGGUCAACGGGAAGGUGAACGGAUGGGUGGACGGACAGGUGAAUGGGCAGCUGAACGGGCAUUUUGAAGAAAUGGUGAAUGCCGCAAGGCAUGGGUUUACUGUGGGAGGGAUGAAGGCGCAAGCACAGGAGACAGGGACAGCAGCAGCAGCAGCAGCAGCAGGAGCGGCAGCAAGGGUGGCGGCGCGAGAACGCGAUGAGAGGAGAAGGGAGCGGUUCCUGCGGCACGUGCAGGCGUUCCCCCUGGUGUGCAAGCACCACUUCGUGGCGGAAGGCAGCCUUGAGACAGACCUGCUGGAGCUCACAUCGCUGAGGGCGAGGGAGGUGGAGGGUGUGUUGGGGGCAGUGCAUCGCCCCAACUACGUGCUGCAAGUGCUGGCCGAGUGCAUGCGCUCCUGCGCCUCCCUGCACCCCAUGCACCGCCUUGCCAUGGAGACCAACCUGGCCACCUUUGCGGACGACGUGGGGGGCUGUGAGCGCAUAUUCAAGACGCCCAUCCCCAUCUCCUACACCACCAUGACCUCGCGCUUCCUCUUCCUCUUCCACCUCCUCCUCCCCCUCGGCCUGUGGGACUCCUGCGGCCUGCUCACGCUGCCCGUCGCACUGCUGUCCGCCCUUGUGUUUUUCUCCGUGGAUGAGGUUGGGAUUCUGAUUGAGAACCCGUUUCUCAUUCUUGCACUCGACGCUAUUGCCAAGUCCGCUCGUGAUAAUGUAGAGGAGAUGAAGGCAUCCCAGUUGCGCAUUGCAGCGCUUGUGGUGGGCAAUGACGAGGCAAUGCGGAGGGAGUACCAGCUGGGGGUGCCACAGGCUGUGCCUGUUGCCGACUUGCUACACAGGCCCACGCACAGCACGCAGCAGCAGCGACAGCUGGAGAAGCAGGAGGAGGAGAGGGUGGAGCAGAGUAGGCUGAUGGGAAAACGAACAAGAGGCGCGGAACGGGUGUAUGCAGGAAAUAAAGGGAAGGCUCUUGUUGGAGGAGUGAAGGGCUUUUAUAGUGACUGGAACCGGGAAUAA